AUGGCUACCACUCUCCAACCUUCCUUUGGCCUACAACAGCCUGAAGAUUCUAUGGAGAUCUCAUCUGAGUACGGCAACAUGGACGCCGAUAUCGAUAUUGAUCUCGACGCCCCCGACACCAACAUGCAGUCUUUCCAAUUAGACGACCACCAAAUGCAGGAAGACUCCCGAUCCGACCGCCCGGACGACGAUCUCAUGAUUGACGACUCCAAUCUCGACGACACCGAUCGCAUGAUGCAAGAUGAUGCCCCACCUCCUCAAGAGCAAGAUGAGGAGUUGCUAGACUUCAGUGAAGACGAAGAAGAUAUUCCUAUGAAUCCUGUCGAGCCUAGCCAGAUCGACGUCAACUUCGUCGCCGAAACUGAAGCGCCCGCACAGCAACCUAUAACUACCGAAGAAUCUAUUGAACUUGUUCAGUCUGAAGUCGCGUCUGAGCUCCUGACUGAAGGUGUUCAGCCCAUCAACACUGUAGUCCAACCAUCGGAACAGGCUUCCGAGCAGCCUCAGAUCGAACCUGUUACGACACAGGAACCUGUGUCUGAACAGAACGUAAACAAUGACCAGUCCGAAAAUCUCGCUCAAGAAUCUCUUGAUCAUGUCGCUCACCCAGAGGUCCAGCCUGCGCCUCAUGAAAAGUUACAGGACCCACAUUCUGCAGACUCAAGUGAAAAGCUUGAGACACAUGCUCAAGAGUCUGUUGUUGAGUCUACUGAGGUUCCCAACGCAAUCAACGAAGCUCCGGAAGAAAGCACACAAGUUGCUCACCAACAAUCAACGAACAAUCAAGACCCAGAACAAGGUAAUGAUGAUGUCCAAGUCGAAGCUGGUCAGGAAGGCGAUGAGCAGCCCGUCAAACGCACUCUAACCCGUCAAGAGACUGAUCUCUCGAACUAUACCGUACCUGAUGACUACUCUCGUGAGAGGCAAGUCAACUCGCCCACUGUGACUGGCCUACACCCCACCAUAGUUGAGUACCAGGAGAACGAGGUCUACCUCUUCCCUUCGAGAGACCCCGCCGUGCCUGAGCAGUAUCUACUGCAGAACGAAAAUCUUGUGACCACCAGUCUUGGCGAUCUGCUCCAAGCUUGCCGCACUGCUCUUGGUGAUGGCGUCAGUGAAGACGAAGAGCUGGUUUUGGGUGUGGAGGAGCUGGACCUUUAUGUGAGCGAAGACUCGACACCCGCAUUCUCUACCAGCUUUUCAGAGCUACUUGACAUGUACCUGCAGCUGCACAAGCUUGAUGGCAAUGACAGCCCUCCGCCAUUCCGUGUGUCCUUGACUACCAAAACUAGAUUCAGCAACCGCUUGGCUUCGAUCACUCAAGCCAUCUCCGAAGGAAAAGGCUUCUCGUCGCUUUCCUUCUUGCAGUAUUAUGAAUAUGAUGAACCCACCGAAUUGCCCGAUGAGGACUUUGACGAUGACUUUGACGAGCUUGUCAAGCCUGAUGAAUCGCAGCAACUGAUUGACGAGGGUGUUACCACCGUUGAAGGCGCACAAAAUGUCGCCGAGGACGAACACACCGCGGAGAAUACCUCCGCUUCCCAAGCUGAACAGCCACAAAAUGAGCAGCCUAGUCCUGCUCAAGAGGGUGAGUAUGAAGCCGAUGCAUCGACUGAGCUCCAUGUGCACAACGAUGCUGCCGACCAGUCCGAGUACAAUCAGGACGAUACUCAGUACUUUGACGCCCAAGGAGGCGAGUCUGAGUUGCUGGGAGAAAGCCACAUCGAGGAAGAAGAUGGUGGUGCUCCAGCUGAAGUUCAAUCUACUAUUGGCGAUCUAGAGGCUGCAGCCGACGAUGAAACCCAUCACGAUGACCAGCAUGCCGAAGGAACUGUUCACGAUGAACAAGUUUCUGAACACAACGAGCAAGAGGAGCAAUAUGAAGAGCAUGCUGAAGAACAGCAAGAGUAUGAGACACAAGGCGAAGAGCACGUUUUCGGUCAAGGCGAGUUCUUUGAUGACGAGAAUUACGACUACCAAGACGGUGAAGUACACGAAGAGAAUGGCGUUUAUGCUCCCGAGGAGGGAGCAAUCAAUGACGAAAGCCACUACCAGGAGGAGCACGAAGCCGAGGUGUCUGUCGUUGGAAAACAAGAUGAUAAUGUUGUACCUCCAUCCGCAGAGGCUCCUCACGCCGAUGGAAACGGCCAUGACGAUGAACAAGAUGCGCGACAGGACCACAGCAAUGCCAACCAGUCUGUCGACGAUGGCGUCGCAAAUGUCGAGAAUGACAAUGGUAUAACCGAUGGUACUGUCAUCAAGGACAGCACUAAGCGUCAGCCACUCGCAGUCGAGGACGAUGACUACGAUGAGAUCAACUUUGACGACGAAGACAGCUACGAUGAUGACGGCGCCGGACUUGCGCCGGUACUUACAAACACGUCAAGCAAGGCAUCUCCCGGAGCAAAACGUUCAUUUUCGGAGCUUGACCAAGUGGACGAUGAGCAAGACAGCAAGAAGGCUCGAGCCUCAUGA